AUGACUGCAGACGAUAUCGAUCGUUUGGAAACGACACGUAUGGGGAAAAGUACAGCAUUGCAUGCAGCAUCCUUUUAUGGUCAUAUAGAAGUUGUUAAGCUCUUAUUAGAACAUAAUGCUAGUAAAACAAUACGAAAUUUUGAUAACCUGACAGCUGAGGAUGAAGCUUGUACCAGAGACAUAAAAUGUUUGUUAAGCAAUGAGGAGGAUAAUCAUCGAUUCGGUGGAAGUAGUAGUGAAAAUGAACCACCACAAUGGAUAUUUGUUGAAGAGAAUAUCAUCGCUAAAGCAUCAAGUUAUCGGAAAUGGCUCGAAAGAGGCAGUCAUAAUAUGGCGUAUUCAGUUGAUACAAUUAUUGAAAAUUAUUUACAGAAAGAUGAACUAUUAGAGAAUGUGCAUGAUCAUAAUGUAAUCAAAGAAUUGUUGCUCAAGGCAGCUAGAGAAAAUGAUCCGACACCAAUCGUACGAGCGUAUACAUUAGAAACACAGUUUUAUAAAUGUUUGAAUCGUGAUCUAGCUUCAACAUCCAUAGAUGUACUAAAUACUCAUGCUAUAUUUGAUCAUGUUAUUCAGCAGUUUUGGAAUAGUCAUGGACGAAUUGCCGGUAUAAUAGCACAACAUCCAAAAUUGAAAAAGUAUGCACACUUCGGAAAAUGUUAUCGAGGGAUGCAAAUGACGGAUCGAGAACUAUUUCAUUAUAAAGAUGGUAAUAGAAUUAUGAACAAAUCGUUUCUUUCUUCAUCCAUCAAUGAAACAGAAGCUUGUAAUUAUGCAUUGAAGAAUUUCAGUCAUACUGUCGCCGUAAAUAAUAACAAAUUUCCAGUAAUAUUUAUAUUUACAAUUACAAACUAUCGUACAGCAUCCGACAUAUCAACCAUAUCUGAAUAUCCCGAAGAACGUGAAAUUUUGAUUGCACCCUAUAGUGUUUUUGAAAUUGUACAUAUAAAAGGACGAACAUUUGAACGGAUGAAUGAAGAUCGUGUUGUUCUAGGUAAAAUUCAUGGAAGAGAAAUAGAGUUAAAAGAAUGUGAACCAGAAACUUCUGGCUGCCCGAUGAUGUAA